UGGACACAACGUUGAACAUGGAGGCAGAAGUGUUGGACGCAAGCAGCUACCUUUCAGCAGAGGGCGAUAACCUGACUCCAGAUUCAGAUCUAUACGAUGUGGACAGCUAUGACACCCCAGACCUGGGAUUUCUGUUGGAAAAGAUUGAUUUGUACUUCCGGGAGCCGCCACAGGUCCAGGAGCUCUUUAGCAGCAGCCAGCGAUGGCAGGACAUGUCUUUGUAAUCCCGUGUCCGCCAGCUGUGGUUGCUCCUGUGGGCAGGCCUCCACAACCUCGUGGAAAAGGCAAAGAAUGCCAAACUGCACGUAGCUCAGCUAACACACGGGCUGGAGCCACUUCGCCGCCUGGAGGUGGCAGCUGGGCUGCAUUCGGUGGCACAGGACCCAGAGGGCAGGCGCUUUGUGGUGCUGUAUGGUGCAGGACACCUGCACCUGCAUAGAAAGGACGGCUGGGCGCAACAGAAGCUGCAGGCCCCCGUGGCACUUACCGGACUGGUGGCUGUGCCAGGACCUCUGGGAGCUGUGGCCCGCUUUGUAGGCUGGGAUCCCGCUGGGCUGGCCAUACUGGGGCUGAGCCUCGGCCUGCUGUGGCUGAGCCAGCCAGGGGUGGGCAGAGUCCUGGGCCGCGAACUCACUUGCUGCCUGCCGGUGCCCAACCUGGGUCUUCUGCUCAUAGCUGAGGUGGGCGGUGGCCUGACAUUCUGGAAGUUCCGUUCAGGUGGCCACCGCCUGGUGCUGUGUGGUUCAAUUGUGCAGCCACCGCCAGGCCUGGCUGGCACGCUGAAGAGGCUGGCUCUGGGGCCAGCGCCCACCCACCUCCGCCCGCAUUACUUCGCAGCCUAUGGCUCAGCGGUGCUCACUUUGGAUCUGCACACCUGGGCUCUCGUCCAUGUGUGCUGGGAUCUCCACAAGACUACCAUCUCAGACCUGGCAUACUGCAAGGAGGUGGAGGCAGUGGUGACAGCUUCCCGGGACAGCACAGUGAGGGUGUGGGAGGUGGACUGGCAGAUCCGGAUGGUGUUUGUGGGCCACACAGGCCCAGUGACAGCUCUGGCUGUGCUCCUGAAAACCACCCUGGUGGUGUGGGCCUCGCAGGACGGGACGCUGCGCACAUGGGACCUGCAGGCGGAGGCACAAGUGGGCGAGGUUCCUCUGUGCUAUGGUAGCCAGGACGCGCUGUCCUGGCGCGUGAACUGCUUGUUGGCACCCGCAGGCACCGGCUGGCCGGUGCUGUCGCUGUGAGCCAGGAGCGUGGAGCUGUGGCAAGUGAGUGAACUCUACUCACAGCUGGCUCAGCUGCCUGCGCAGGUGCUGGACCUAGAGAUGGCGCCCAUGCUGGCCGCACCUGUAGACCUCAAGUUGCCCGCACGCCUCGUUUGCGCAUGCGCAGAUGGUUCAGUCCAUCUGGUGUCUGCCGCUUCAGGGCGCAAGGAAGAAGACUGUGCUGCUGCAGUGGCCUACUGCCUGCCGCACGAGGCCCUUUGGCUGCUGACCCGGGCUGGGCACCUGGUGCGAGUGAACGCAGCACACUGCCCCAUGAGCGUGGUACACCGCAUGUGCCCACCUUUGCCCCCUGCGCCACAACCCUGCUGCCUGCACCUCUACAGCCACCUCACUGACCCAGACACAGCGCUCGCCUGCUGGGAGAUCGUGUGCCAGCACGAGGGCGAUCCACGCCAAUGCGCCAAGGCCUGGGCCUGGAAGAACAAGAACCGGUACCUGCCUGUGUUGGGGCACUCAGAUGGUGUGCUGUCAGUGCUGGACUGGCUUUCUUCGAAGACCAUCUUCUGUAUGAAGGCACACAGUCCAGGCCCAGUCACCGCCAUUGCAUCCACCUGUAACAGCAUCGUCUCAUCGGGUGGAGACAGUACUGUGAAGGUGUGGCGAGUCUUCCCCUAUGCCAAAGAGAGCCUGAGUCUGUUGCACACCUUCUCCUGCUGUCACCCAGUUGUGCAGCUCUGUGCAUUGGGCAAUCACAUCACUGUAGGCUUUGAGGACCCAGACAGUGCCACCUAUGGCCUGGUACAGUUUGGCCUGGGUGAGGGCCGGCGCUGUGACCACCAGCCCCAGGAUGACCCAAUAGACCACAUCACCGGCCUAUGUUGCUCCCCCACGCUCAAGCUCUAUGCCUGUGCCAGCCUGGACUGCACUGUCCGAAUCUGAACUUCGGAAAAUUGCCUGCUGCGGCUCUUGCAGCUGGAUGAUGCCCCCCAGGCCCUGGCUUUCUGCAGCAACAAUGGAGACCUGGUGCUGGCACUGGGCUCUCGCCUCUGCCUGGUGUCCCAUAGCCUCUACCUUCCCACAUUCUACUUGGUUCAGAAGCUGUACCAGAAGGGCCCUGACAUGAUGGAUGACCCUCCGCUGCCGUUGACCAACCCAGAGUCACUGAGCCCCAUGCAGCUGCAGAGGCUCACCAACUUGCAGGGUGUGGCCGGCCUCAGGUCUGCUGCCAGGCUCACACAGCCCACACCACCUCAGGACAUGGAAGCCCUAGAGACCAGAGAGCAAGACCUUCAGCAGUUGAGGCUAGGGCUAGUGGUCCCAGAGGCUCAGCCCCCACCCUCCUGGAAACAGCAUCAGGAAGCUUUUGAAAAUUACCUAUAUUUGAUCUAUGGCCCUGGCUUGCUGGGUAUUCAAUCUGGAAGGAAUUCACAGCAGUGGAACAUCUUGGCCUUCACCACACAGCAAGUGUCCCAGGAGGAGUAUGCCUUACCCGGUGCUGCCUUCUGCUUCAGUCAGGCUGCAGUCAGCACUGAAGCCCAGACAGCACCUGCAGCCCCAUCACCCCAGGCCCUAGGGACUGCAGGCAGGCGCUUGGCCCACCCUCCCCGAGUCACCUUGCCUAUUCCACCCACCCCCUGGAGGAUGCACAGCAAGGCAUCCCAGGUGAGGCCUCCCUCCCUUUCCACAUCCCUGCCCCAUAUCAUGGCCUGGCCCUACCUGGACCCCCUCUCCCCAGUGGGAGUGAUCAGAAUCUCUGCCUUUCAGGGAUGCAAGUUCAGGGGAAGCUGGGCCCUCAAGAUCCAUAGUCUCACUGGGCCCCUGGUUGAGGGAGUCAGAAUGGUUAAGGGAGUGCCCUUGAGUGGUAUCCCAGUUGGGCGACUUAAGGUUCUCGGUGACCCUGCUGUGCUCCACCUCCAGUACUGCCCACGGCCCAUCAGCUUCCCAGGCUUUGUGCCCAACUCUGCAGUGCUGCAGCAGAUGUGGCUGCCCAUGGAGGUCAGCUGCCUUGGAUCCCUGGCCCAGCUUGCCUCCCUGAACAGACUCAAAGCAAGAGGCAGGGAUGGGGUGGGGUGGGGUUCAGGGAGGGCUCACUGUCCCACAGCCUGCCACAUGCCCCCUUUUAUACUUCACUCUCUGCAGCCAAGUCUAAACAUGGAUAGCCUAUGGGUGUCACACCCUAGGUGGUCUACAGGCAAGUGGCAGAAGAGACUCAUCCAGUGGCUUCACAGUGAGGAAGAAGAGGAAGAGGAGGAGGACAAAGAAUUGCUGGAGGUGGACUUGUCCUCGGCUUCCCUAAGCCCAGAUAACCUGCACUCACAGCAGCAGCUAGAUUCCUGGGAGCCAAAGGCUUGGAACUCCACAGACUUGACCACAGAGCACUGGUGCUCCCAUGAGGCUUCAGGGAGUAGGACCAACCUUGGCCCAAAGUACUACUAUAUGGAAUCCCUCUGGGAAGAGCAAUAUGGGCAUCUUCCCAGGUUCCUGCAUUUUUUUGUUGUCCAGAACUGGUUCAAAAAGCUGUUCCUCAUCUUCAGCCUGGAGGCCUACCCGGAGAUGGGCACUGUGGAAGGCCUGGCCUCAAUGUUCGUGGACCUGCUAGCAGAGGCCACCUGGGCAGACGGUGUGCAUAUCCUGCAAGCACUGCUGAGGCUGAUGCCCAAGGUCAGCAAAGAGCUCCAGGGACGGCUACAGGGCAGUCUCCUGAAGUUGCUGAACCUGGACCAGCCUCCUACCCUUGAGGACCCCACACAGAAGCAGUUUGUGAUGCUGGCACUGCAGUUGCUCCUGACCUGCUCCCUAGAGUCCCGUGAUGUGGUGGUGGAGCUCAUGUCUUACUUCCUCUACUCUCCAGCUGCCUACCUGCCAGAGCUCAAGAAGCUGCUGGAUGGGCUGGGGCUCCCGGAUCCACAGGGCUUCCUGUUCAAGGAGAUGAAGACCUGGGUCCAGGGCUCCGACCUUGGCUCUAAGGCCAUGCUGCGUACACACUGCGUCCAGAAGCUGGAGGACAUGAUCCAGCAGCUGAAGAUGGAAAACACACAGCUGACUACAGCCAAGUUGCCUAUGGUGCUGCCCAAGGUCUUCAAGACCUCAGUGCCUUCCUCUCCUCCCAAGGAGACCCUUUCACAAGCUUCGAUGAUCUUGGGGACACCCACAAGCAUCCUGGAGCCACCUUUGCUGGUGGUGCCACUGGCACAGCCUCAGGCAACUACCCCAGGGCUCCAGGCUGAGCCCACGCCCAUGCAGGUACCCACCAGGUGGACCAAACACUUUCUCUCAGAGACACUACAGAGCUUCUCCGUGGUGCCCCAGGCCCGCGUGGAUUCCCUGUUGCCACCUGCACAGCUUGAUGAGCUGCUGCCGCUUGAAAAAACCGACUGGUCGCAUUCAAAGAUGCUGGACCUGCGAACCACUGAUGCACUGAAUUUCUUCUGUGAGAAGCAGCAUGUGCGGCAGCUGAGCUCCCUGCAGGAGGCCAAGUACAGGCCCGUGGCCCUGUGCCUGCCAGAGCCCAACACUGUGGUACCGCUGCCUCGGGAUCGCAGGUACCACCCCAUCUUCCGGCUGCAGGAGGCGGAGUCCCAGAGCUCCAGGAUGAGACUGAGGGGCUGUGCACUGUCCCGACACAGCACCCAUGUGCUGGAUGGCGCCAGCCACGCGCUGAAGCUCCCGCUGCCACGGGUGGAGCCACAGCCCUUUCCCCCUGGCUGGCCCAGGCCUGCUCAUGCUCGCCCCCCGCAGCUCCUACAGCCGGCCCUGCAGCGCUACUUUCUUCUGGAGGACAUGGACCCUGACAACUACAGCUAGGGGCUUUGGUUUGGUGUUCCUCCUGCCAACUUGGCAAGUUGCACCCCACCCCCCAGCCUAUCCUUUGGCCUAGAAUAAAGUCCAGAGGCUGGGACUGCACUUCAAAUACGACCUCCUUCUCUCUGGGAUUUUGGGGGAGAGCAGGGAGGCCAGGUGGGGCAUCUGAAUCCUCCUGCAGAAAGCAGGAGCGUGGGCUCUGUUGUGUAUGGGGUUGGACAGCACCUGGCACUUGGGCCUCGAAGAUGAAACACCUCCCCUGCUGCGGUGGCCCAUCUGCCUGGCAAGGAGGAGGAGACCCAUAGUGUGGGGCAGUUACUAGGUAUUAAGAUGGUACAUUGCCCAUAGAGAUGGUUCUCUGGGGCAGCAAGAAGCCACAAGUGUGUGUGUCAAGGGAGGGGCCUUCUGCCAGACAUGCUGUUAUCUGAGAAACAAGGAAGUAGCCUGCUUUGGAUCUUGCCUCCUAAAAGUCCUUGUAAGGUGGACAUUGUCUUGGGGUGCAGGGUCUCAGAGGGGCUCAUUUCCUUCUGACCUGGCAGGGUGCUGAUGGGACCACUGAGGGUCCAUCCACAGUUAAGUUAUUUGCUCUGCUUUUGUGAAGUUGCCUAGCUUUUUACCUCCUUUCAUUGAGUUGGCUGAGCAGUAAUCUCCCGUAAAUUCUCACCCUCUGAUUUUAGACAUUUCUUCUUUUGGGGGGGGGGUACCAGGGAUUGAACUUGGGACCUUGCACUUUCGAGGCAGGUGGCAGAACCACUGAGCUAAAUCCCCAGCCCUAGACGUUUCUUCUUGAUGUUUAGAACUGGACUUCCAUUCUUUCCCCUUGUUAGAAAUGAGCCCCAAGAUUCAAAUUGUUGGUGCCGAAAAGAAUGCACACAGCAAGCAAGAGGACUCGACCAGGCAGUUUAAAGUUUACUUGUGCAGAAGGGUAUGAGUGCACUCAGACACAGGCAGUAGGCACAUCUAGGGGGUCAGUUUGAACCCUAAGACAUGGGAAGCAGCUAUUCUUUAAAUUUACUGGCUAAAUUCAAAGGCUUACAAUCUAUAGCAGUUGACUAGUCGUCUCAUGUCACAAGGGGAGGAUCUGAAGGAUUGCUGAGGAGGAGGAAGAGUGGGAGGGGAACAGAAAGUCUUUCGCUAUUAAUAAGCUAUCUUUGGUCUGUAGCUAUGUUCCUAAAAUUUAGGUGUUUUGGGCCUGGUAGCACACUCCUGUAAUCUCAGCACUGAAGAGGCUGAGGCAGAAGGAUCACUUAAAGAUCAAGGCCAGCCUGAGCUACAGAGUGAGUUCAAGGUCAGACUGAACUACAUAAGGAGACCUUGUAUUAA